CAAAAGAAAGAAAAAGAAAAGAAAAGAUGGGAUGGGAUAGUGAAUACCUGCACUUCACCAAUGCCGAUAAUCCUUAUGGAGACAAUAACCUCCUAGAAACUUAUGUUUGGAAGAAGAAGCUAGAGAAGGAGGGUUUAGAUAAUCUUACAAGGGAAGAUAUAGAGAAAAGGAAUCGUGCAAAGAUGGAUGAAAAUAGAAUGGAGCUGGAAAAGGUGAAGAAAAGGCGCCAAGAACGAGAGCUAGAGCGCCAAGAGCGGGAGAGGAUGAUGGAAUUAGAACAGCGUCAGAGGGAAGCAGCACAGUUCUCACAGUUUUCAAAACAAGAAGACCAAUUUCAGUUGGAGCAGGCCAGGCUUCGAUCACAAAUACGAAUCCAGGAUGGAAGAGCCAAACCUAUUGAUCUCUUAGCUCAGUAUGUAAGCUCAGAAGGUGAUGUUACUGCUGUUGACAUGCAUGAACCAUACACUCAUUUGACAGGACUUACUCUUGUGGAUUUGGAGGAUCUUCUGGAGGACAUAAAAAUAUAUAUGCAGUUAGAGAAGGAGAACCAAAAUCAGACUUACUGGACUGAUCUCACCAUAAUAGUUCAAGAUGAACUUCGACGCCUACGACAGCGAGACACGAUAGAAGAUGCUAGUACCCACAGGCAGGGUAUUCAUGCAGCCGUUGCAUCUGAUGUUUCAUCAGUUUUCCAAAACAAGUCUCUUUUGGAGUUAAAUAAACUUCAGAUAAGCAUUGAAUCUAAGUUGGCUGGUCCUACAACGGGUCUUGAUAUUGGCUACUGGGAAUCGUUGCUUUCGCAACUGAAAGCUCAUCAGGCUCGAGCUCGUUUGCGAGAACGUCACAGGGAAAAUCUACGAAAGAAGCUUGAAAUGUUGAAAGCUGAACAAGGUGUCAGAGAAGAGGAAGACGUAGAAGACAAUGAGGAGGCUUUAGAAACUGUUGACGUAAAAAGAGAAGUGGAAAGUGAAGGGGAGUCUUCAGACAAGAAUGAUAAAGAAAGAAGAGUUGAAAGUGACAAUAGGUCAUCAGAUGAAUCAGAGAAAAGUGAUAAAGAACGGGAUCAAAAAGAGGAUGAUAAGGAUGACUGGGAUUCGGAAUGUGAAGGCGAUGCAGCUAUUGCUUCAUCUGUAUCAUUGUAUAUUGCUGGUCGUUAUUCUCCUCGUCUUUUGCCGGGCAAUAAGCUAGAACCUGGUACAGUGGUUGUAGAUGAAGCUGAAGAUGAGCAGCGGCUUGCCUGGGCACGGCAACGCGUAGUUGGUGCUGGCCAGACUGUAGAGAGUGUUCUGACAUCAGAAGAAAAGGUUAUGCAGCGUGAGGCUCAAAGGGCUAUGACAAAUGAUGAAGUACAGUUCAGUGUAGAAGCUAAGCUUGAUACCCAGCAUUACCUGUGGUCAGAUAAAUAUCGUCCUCGUAAACCUCGUUAUUUCAACAGAGUCCACACAGGCUUUGAAUGGAAUAAGUACAAUCAAACACAUUAUGACAUGGAUAAUCCUCCUCCUAAGAUUGUACAAGGGUAUAAAUUUAACAUAUUCUAUCCUGAUCUCAUAGAAAAAUCUAAAACACCUCAGUAUGAACUUAUACCUUGUAGUGAUAAUAAAGACUUUGCACUCCUUAAAUUCACAUCAGGCCCUCCUUAUGAGGACAUUGCUUUCAAGAUUGUCAAUCGUGAGUGGGAAUAUUCUUACAAAAGAGGGUUUAGAUGCCAGUUCCAUAACAAUAUUUUCCAGCUUUGGUUUCACUUUAAAAGAUAUCGUUACAGAAGAUAAUGGCAGUUGGUAUUGUACGUUUCUUUGUGUACAGGUCCACAUUAUGUUGUCAUUUAUGGUUUCAUUGACAGAUAAAAUUUCCAGUCUUGUUUAAGGUGUUAAUUUGUUAAGAUUUGUUAAGAAAAUAAAAAAAGACAAAUAUAUUCGGAAACCUGCCCAAGCAUCCAUCAGUAAUAUAAACUUGAUAUUUUGGAUUUCAGUUUCUAAGUCGUGGCCUAACAUACAAUUUUUUUAUUGUUUUUUAAUCGGUUUUCCAGCUGGCGCUAAGUAUAUCCUAUUGUUAAGACCUCAGGUUUUUUAGCUAUGAAAAAUACAGAUAGAUUAAAAAUUUGUCAUUUUGUAGUUAUGGUGUACUAUAGGGGUGAAGUAAGGCUUGAACUUAGUAUGUUUUACUGUAGUAUUUUUAAUUAAAAUGUUUAUAAACUA